AUGCACUUCAAUUGGCUAAGUAGCCUUGAUUUUAAGUUGACGGCUACCGCAGUAGUCCUGAUUUUACCAGGUACUCUUGCUCUGGUGAUUGCGGUUGCGCUGAUUGCUAGAUCCAGGUACCUCGCCAAUAAUGGCGUUCCCUUUGUAGCAGGGAAAAGCCCACUAUCAGUCUUGUACCAACACUGCCGGUUCGUGGUGAACGGGCCAGCUCUUAUUCAAGCCGGUUACGAUCGGUUCUCCGAUGGUCUCUUUGAAAUCCCACGCGCUUUCCACUUCGGCCAGGUCAUCCUGUGUAAACCGGAACUAAUUGAAGAGCUGCAAAAUACACGGAGUGUGGUAGCAUCACCUGAGCCUUGGAUUGAUCAGUUACUUCAGAUAUCUCAUCUCAUGCCGGGAUACUUUCCCAGGGGAGGAGGAUGGCCAGCUAUUGCUAAGACUACCUCAGGUCUCAUCCGGGGAACGGCACAUAAGCAGCUGGAUCGGUAUAUCCCGCACAUAACCGAGUCAAUCCUCUCUCAGCUAGGGGCCUUGAAUUUAGAUAGAGAUGGGGGUAAAUUCCAGACACCUUUUAAAGCUACAGGCCGAGUGGGUCGAAAACCUGCUAAUAUCUAUUUCAAAGAAUGCGCGAUAGGCUGCUUCGACUUUGCCCACUCGAUCGUUGCUCAAAGUGGUAGCUUUGCCAUGGUGGGUUCUCGACUGUCUCAAAACGAGGAGUAUAUACAGGCUGUCAAGGAUCAUAUCUUGAGGAUGAUCAUGACCACUCGUGUUUAA